GUUCGUUCAUCAUUGUUGAGGUGGAUGUGUUGUGCUGGGAUCCGUGUUAUAAAUUUAAUGGAUUUUUAAGUGAAUAUUGAUGAAUACAGUGAAAAUAAACUAUUAGCAAACAUAAAAGAAACAUAUUAUAAUUUCGAGAAUUCCACACAAGCCAGCUUAAAGGUCAAACACUAUGUUUGAUUUUUGAAAUAAAACUGCGAGGUUUCGAAAUCACGUAAUCGUAUUAAAAGACAAAGAAGCCAUGGACGUAACCGGUUCUAUAAAUGCUGAGGAGCACCUAGACAUCAUUGAGAAUGAUGAAGAGAUACAGGAUGAUUCCGAAGAGAGAGAGUUGGUGCAGGACUCUUGUUCCACCAAGGUCUUGGACAAUUCUGAGUCACCCCUCGACAGAUACCGCAUCGUGUACAUUCUAUUCUACCUCUUUGGCAUCACCUCCCUGGCUCCGUGGAACUUUCUGAUAACUGCUAAUGAUUAUUGGAUGUACAAGUUCCGGGAUGUCACACCAAGCAAUCUGACCAUGGUAGUUAGAAAGACACAGUUCCAAGCGGAGUUCACCUCAUACCUGAAUGUGGCCAUGGCUGUGCCUAACUUGGUGUUCCUUAUUCUGAACUCACUGUAUGGCCACUUAAUCCCAGUAAAGACAAGGCUACAAGGGUCUCUCAUUGUGGUCACAGUAUCAUUUCUUGUCACAACUGUAUUUGUACAAAUUGACACUGACCACUGGCAAAAUGGAUUCUUUAUAAUGACCAUGGUAACUGUGGUUAUAAUGACAGCUGCAAGUGCAGUCUUCAUUGGCAGUCUCUUUGGCAUGUCAAGCCGGUUCUCCAAAGAGUACAUGGCGGCCGCGGUCAGUGGCCAGUCCCUCGGAGGCAUCAUAGCUGCCAUUGCCCAAAUCAUAUCACUGGCCUUCAAGAUAUCCCCUCAGCACAGUGCCUUGAUAUACUUCAGCAUCGCUGACAUAAUGGUCUUGGGGUCUCUGGUUGCGUUUGUGUGUCUGUUCAAGAUUGAUUUCUUCACAUAUCACAUUUUGAGGGGUUGUGGGGGAGUAGCGGUUAACAGGCACAGGGAGGUGUCGAUGCUUCUCGUGAUGAAGAAGAUCUGGGUGUACGCGUUCAGUAUAUUCGCCGUGUUUACAAUCACCAUGUGCGUGUAUCCGGCGGUCACUGUGCUGGUGGAAUCGCACCCGAUUACUGCUGGGACCGAUUGGAAUAAUAUAUUCUUCGUUCCUGUGGUCAACUAUCUCAUAUUCAACUGCGGAGAUUAUUCAGGUCGUCUCGUUGCUGGAUUCCUGUUACGGCCGUGCAACGAGUGGAUAAUCGCCGGCGCCAGCCUCCUCCGCGUGGCUUGUGUGCCCAUGCUGAUGCUGUGCAACGCGCAGCCGCGGCGGCACCUGCCCGUGCUGUUCCCCUGGGACUACGAGUACAUCAUGAUCAUGAUCGUCUUCGCCUUCACUAAUGGCUACCUGACUAACUUGGUUAUGGUGCAUUCUACCAGGGGAGUGGAACCGCACGAACGCGAGAAGGCGUCGUCAGUGAUCGCCACGAUGCUCAGCCUGGGCCUGACGCUCGGAGCCGCUGUGGGCAUGCUGCUGGUCAGGGUCAUCUAGAUCCGCCUUGUGAGGGUACAGUAGAGGUAACUAAACCUGACCUCUCAGAGGGAUGAUUCUGAGAGGAGUCCGAGACUGUACUGUGGAAAAAGGUAUAAAUUUGCAUCGAGUACUGGUUAUGCAAUAUGCAUUUUCUUCUAUCCGCAUAAGUACACUAUGUGUGAAAAGUUUGAUAUUGUCCGCUAGAGGCGCCAGUUUGUAUGUAAACGUUAAUAUUUUUAAUUUUUUAUGCUAACUCAAACCCGUACAAGACGUACUAUUGACACAAGGAAGCCCGUUGAAUAUUUUCUGGACAAGUAAUAAAAGCAUGUUACGGCUAGCUAAAAUAGCCGUAACAUACUUUUAGAGUUUUUAGAGAUCUAUGAGAUAUAGGAACGCAACAUAUAGGUAGAUCCGAAUAUAAACCCUUGAGUUUCAUAUUGAAUUUCAUGUUUCAAUGUAAUGGUGAAUUUGGUGGCAUUAUUUCAGUUUUACAUAAUGUAAUAAAUGAAAUAACGUUUACUCAAAGCGAGUAGUGAUCAAACUAACAUUAGGCGCACUGGCCUUAUAAUAUUAUAUAGUUAGUUAUAAUAAAUAUUAUAGCUUAAAGCUAGCUAUUGAGUUUACCUUAUAGUAGGUACUCACAUUUAGUUUUAAUAAUGUUCGCUAAGCUACCAACUUAUACGGAAAAAGAAUGUAAACAUACUGAACGAAUUUAUAAACCACAGUACCUACAGCAAAGACAAAUCUAUCUCCUCAUCGCACAAAAUGUAUUGCAGAUUGCAGUAGGAACUCAAUAAAUAACUAAAAUGUUAUAUAUAUAAUCUUAUGUAUGAGUUAAUACUUAAAUCUUUGAAUGUUUAAUGUUUAUUGUAUUAGAUUGGCCUUUCAAUGUGUAUCCUCCACUGUAAGUUACGAUUAUCGUUGUGUCAGUUGAUACAACAUGAAAGAGCCACUCUGUCUGUGCGAAUACAUAAUACAAAAUGGCUAAAGGAUAGUAACCAAACGUAGCACAGUAACAUGUGUUUUUUGUUGUUGUAAAGAAAUAUCUUUUUAUAAAAUAAAAAUGGUUAUUUCAGCUAAAUGUCAUAAUAAUCCAAGGCAAUAAAAAUGGCAACUGUAAAGUUAUGCGUUCGUAAACUCAGAGUGUGCCCAGGCAUAUCUCUUAUUGUAAUGACUGCGAUAAGACCACGAAAUGAAUUUCUAGUCGCUAAUUGGGCCGAUGAUAUCAUGAGUCUUAAUUAGCAUUAGAAUAAAGUUGUAGGAAUACGUAUGUACUUGUAGUACACAAAAUGUACACGAAUUUAUUUGUGGAUAUCUUCCAUAGGAAAGCGGAAAGUAUACCUACCUAUCGUAGAUAUACAUAAUUACCUAUUAUGUAUUUGUAUAACGCACGCAGCCGAAUCAUGGUAUCUUGCCUAUUUCAUUCAUAAGUCUGUCAAUUCUACUUCCGACUCCAUUUUGAUAAGGAUUAUUUAUGUAUGUGUAUUAUUUUUGAUGACUUAAUUAUAA